AUGGCUACAGACUCUGGUGAAUCAGCCAGCACAGAAGAAUCAGAGAAACCCGAUGGAGUUUCUUUAGAAUGUAUGAAUCCUUCUGUUGAUGUUACUUUGACCAUGGAGGCCAGGACCAAAGAGGGGCUUAGCACACCUGCUUCUGGGGCAAUUGUAGAAAGAAAAAGGUUUUUCCGAAAAAGUGUGGAGAUAAUGGAGGAUGAAAAGGACUUGGAACUUACUCCACGGAAUGAGCAAGAACAAUUUAUCUUGGAUGAUCAGAGGAUGAUCCAUCUUUCUGCUAGUACACUUAUAGCUGAGCAAGAAGCCAGAAAUGAGCAAAACUCAAAGGCGAUUAUGGAAGCCACGAAGGAAAGGAUGAAGAAGGAGAUAGAAGAAGAGGCAGAGAUGAAGGCUGUGGCUACAUCACCUGGUGGAAGAUUUCUGAAAUUUGACAUUGAGUUGGGAAGAGGAGCUUUCAAAACUGUCUUCAAGGGUCUGGACACAGAAACCUGGGUAGAAGUUGCUUGGUGUGAACUGCAGGACAGGAAGCUGACCAAAGCAGAACAGCAGAGGUUUAAAGAAGAAGCUGAAAUGCUGAAGGGGCUACAACACCCCAACAUUGUCCGAUUUUAUGAUUCUUGGGAAUCAACGGUUAAGGGAAAGAAGUGUAUUGUUUUGGUAACUGAACUGAUGACAUCUGGAACACUGAAAACGUAUUUAAAGCGUUUCAAACUCAUGAAGCCAAAGGUGUUGAGGAGCUGGUGCCGACAGAUUUUAAAAGGGCUACAUUUUCUGCACACAAGGACUCCUCCUAUCAUCCAUCGUGAUUUGAAAUGUGACAAUAUCUUCAUCACAGGACCUACUGGUUCAGUGAAGAUAGGGGACUUGGGACUCGCUACCUUAAUGCGCACUUCAUUUGCGAAGAGUGUUAUUGGAACUCCUGAAUUCAUGGCUCCUGAGAUGUAUGAAGAACAUUAUGAUGAGUCAGUGGAUGUCUAUGCUUUUGGAAUGUGCAUGUUAGAGAUGGCAACUUCUGAAUACCCAUAUUCUGAAUGUCAGAAUGCAGCCCAGAUCUACAGAAAAGUAACCAGUGGCAUUAAACCUGCUAGUUUUAAUAAGGUGACAGACCCAGAAGUAAAAGAGAUCAUUGAAUGUUGCAUUCAGCAGAACAAGUCUGAAAGGCUAUCCAUCAAAGACCUCUUGAACCACGCUUUCUUUGCGGAAGACACGGGACUCAGAGUGGAGCUGGCAGAGGAAGAGGAGGAUGGGAUGCAUUCCUCUUUGGCUUUGAGACUUUGGGUGGAAGAUCCCAAGAAGCUGAAAGGGAAGCACAAAGACAACGAAGCAAUAGAGUUCAGUUUCAACGUGGAAACAGAUAUCCCAGAGGAAGUGGCUUGCGAAAUGGUGAAGUCGGGAUUCUUCCAUGAAAGUGAUUCCAAAGCUGUGGCUAAAUCCAUUCGUGAUCGUGUCACCCUAAUCAAGAAGACUCGAGAGCAAAAGCAGGUGGGAAACCUGGAGGAAAGAAGGGACUCUCAAAGUCAGCUUCCAAGUGGACUGCCAUUACUUCAGCCACAAGGCUCAUCAUUCACUCCACCUUCUCAGCAAAGCAAGGCCGAGUGUGAGGAAACAGAGGUUGAUCAACAUGCCAGGCAACACAUCCUUCAACAAAUGCAGCACAGCUUUUCCCUCACUGCUGACAACUUGUCUGAGACAGGAUCAGGAUCAGUUAUACUGUCAGAUGCCUCUAGCCAACAUAAUCUGGCAUUUUCCUCGGAACACAUGAUGGGUACUCAACAAGUUCCCAAUCUCUCACAAACUGAAAAUAGCACUGUUCAAGGACACAUAUAUACUUCUCAACAACUGAUGGGGCAUUAUCAGUCCAAUGCAGGGGUGCAGCCGGCCUUGCCAGCAAAUAUGGCUCAUCCCGGUGUUUUACCAUUAAUCCAGAGUCAGCCUUCUGGUCUACCUACUCACAAUUUGGCACUUCCUGCAACUCUCCAAGCCCAAACCUCUCCUCUUGCAGCUCAACAAUUCCCAUCAAGGAUGCCUCCAGAUUCACAGGUAUCCUACAGUACAGAAAGUCAAGCUUUGGAUGGAUCCAUCAUGGGAGUUCCUCAGCAGAUGUUGACAAUAACUUCUCCUCAGAAUAUACCUGCCUCACAAGUGGGGAAUCAACACAUGCCAACAAGCAUACAGUUAACCUCUGCUGCUAGACUUGGUAGUCAGGCUACAGCUGCUGUGGGAUCAGUGGAAUUAGAGACUGCUCCUGCCAAUUUGGUAUCUGCCAGUCAGUCCCCUGUGCUACAUGGGCAGCCUUCGGUUCAAUUUGUCAACAACAUUCAAGUUCUUCAGUCAGUUCCACAAGGAGUUAGACUUAUUCAACAACCCAAGCAAGUUUCACAGCAGGUGCCAUCAACACAGCAACCACAGCAAGUUUCUGAGCAGAUGGCAUCUAUGCAGCCAAGCCAGCAAAUAGUUCCACAGGUGACAUCUUCACAGCAGGUUCCUCAGCAAAUUGCAGCUAUGCAGCAGAUUCCCCAGAAACUAAUGGCUAUGCAGCAGUCUCAGCAGGUAGCAUCUAUGCAGCCACCUCAACAAGGGGUGUCCUUGCAGCAACCACAGCAAAUUCACCAGCAAGGGAUGCCUAUGCAGCAGUCUCAGCAAGUUUCUCAACAAGCGACAUCUAUACAGCAAAGCCAAACUGCUUCUACUCAGCAGAUUCUGGAGCAGCCUCAGAAAAUUUCCCAACAGGCAGCAGCCAUACACCAGCCUCCACAAGUUCCUCAGCAGAUUCUCCAACAAGUGGCAUCAGUGCAGCAGCACCCUCAGCAGAAUCCUCAACAAGUAACAUCCAUACCGCAGCCCCAUUUUAUUCCUCAGCAGGUUCCUCAACAAGUAACAUCCACACCGCAGCCCCAUGUUAUUCCUCAGCAGGUCCCACAACAAGUGACAUCCAUACAGCAGCCACACCAUAUCCCUCAGCACGUUCAACAGCAGGUGACACCUUUACAGCAAUCACAACAAAGUCCUCAACAGGCAGCAGCCAUACAACAACCUCAACAGGUUCCACAGCAGGUGACACUCAUUCAACAGCAGCAUAUUAUGCAGCAGGUGACACCCAUACAGCAGCCACAACAAGGUCCUCCACAGGCAGCAUCUAUACAGCAGCCACAGAAUAUUCUUCAGCAGGUUCCACAGCAGAUGAAACCCGUACAGCAACAACAACAACAGCAACAACCAGGUCCUCAACAGGAGGCAUCUAUACAACAGCCACAGCAUAUUUUUCAGCACCUUUCACAACAGGUGACACCCAUUCAGCAGCCACAAGGUCCUCAGCAAGCAGCAUCCAUACAGCAACUACAGCAUAUUCCUCAACAGGUGACACCCAUACAGCAGCCACAACAAAGUCCUCAACAGGUUCCACAGCAGGUGACUCCUAUGCAGCAACCACAACAAGGAUGUCAACAGGCCGUAUCCAUACAGCAGUCACAGCACAUUCCUCAGCAGGCUUCACAGCAGGUGGCACCCAUACAGCAACCACAAGUAUCCCAACAGGCAGCAUCCACACAGCAACUACAGCAUAUUCCACAGCAGGUCCCUCAGCAGGUGACAUCCAUGCAGCACCCACAACAUAUUCCUCAGCAGGUCCCACAACAGAUGACACCCAUACAGCAGCCACAACAGGGAUCUCAGCAGGUAGCAUCCAUACAGCAACCACACCAUAUUCCCCAGCAGGUGACACCCAUACAACAGCAACAGCUUAUUUCACAACAGGUGAUACCUAUGCAGCAGCCACAACAAAGCCCUCAGCAGGUGGCCUCCAUACAACAGCCACAGCAUAUUCUUCAUAUUCCGCAGCAGAUGACACCCGUACAGCAACCACAGCAGGUUCCUCAACAGGCGACAACCAUGCAGCAGUCACAGCAAAUGGCAACUGUUCAGGCACAACAAGUGUCAUCUAUACAGCAGCCACAGCAAGUUCCACAGCAGAUGAUAUCAAUACAGCAGCCACAGCAAGGACACCCACAAGCUCCACAACAGGUGGCAUCCAUGACUCAGCCCCAGCAUGCUCCUCAGCAAGUUCUCCAGCAGGGGACAUCAAUGCAAAUGGCACCAGGGCUGCAAUCUAAGCAAGUUGCCAGUCAGCAGAUUGGAUCCCUGCAGAUUCCACAGCAGGUAGCCUCCAUGCAGCAAGUUACACAGCGUGGGGCCUCCUCACAGCAACCUCAGCUGGUUCCCCAACAGGUGGCAUGUGGGCAGCCAACUUCACAAUCUCAACAUAUUGUACCCUUACAUCAGGUCUCCGCUGUACCACAACAAGUGACACUUAUGCAGCAGGUUUCACAGUGCCAAGAAAUAUCCCUAGAUACUUCGGGGCCUCAACAAGAGCAACAAAUGACUCAGAUACACCAUUCUACAAAUCAGCAUCCUUGUGUAAUGCAACAUACGUUAUUUCAUGUGCCUCCACAACAACAGAAAGAAGAGCAGUUUGUUCUCCCUUCUAAUUCCAAAGAUCAGUUGCCAGCUGUCUCCCAGCAAGACAUGGAAAAGCAUCAGCAAUCUGAAUUCUCAGGUUCAACUUCAGAAAAGGUGGCUUAUCCCAUCCAGACCCAGUAUCAGCUGCAAAUCCAGGAACAAAUGAUAUAUCCAGCACAAUCCCCACACAACCCACCAGUUUCAGAGCAGCUGCAGCACCAGCUAGAGCCAACUAACCAGCUGCAGAGUCCAGAGCAAGCAGCAUGUCAGAUGCAUGUCACUUACGCAGCACAGGGUUCAAAUCAGGCACCUUGCCCAGAGCCAUUGGUUUAUGCAGCUUCUGGAGUAUAUUCAGGUCAUUCUUUGGACCAGUCAGCAUAUGUUUAUCAAGGGCAGGCAGCAUAUAUAACUCAACCAACAUAUAUGGCUCAACCUCCAGAGACCCAGCAAGCUCAUUUAGCAGUACGGAAUACUGAUCAGCCAAGUUUUGCUGUGCAUUCACCUGAUCAGUCAUUACACCUAUUGAAGGAUGGAGAUGCUGGCAACAUGGAAUUGCAGAUCUGUUCAACACAAUCCACAAAAACCCAUGCUUAUCCUUCUGAGCCACAUCUGCCUGAGCCAACAAUAUAUCUUAUUCAGCAAGAUUCUGGCAUGAGCCACCAGGAGCUGCACCCACCACAAAUGGCACAUAAAAUUGCAGAAGGACAACAGUCAGGGCCACAGGCACCUUUUGCCUCGUCUCAGCCAUCUUUUACACCACAAACGCAACCACAACCUCCUUAUCAGGAGUUUAGCCAGCAACCUAUUACUCAGCCGCACAAAGCCACUAUCCCUCAGUCUGCCUUUGAUACAUUACAGACUGUAACUUCUGUAUCAGAACAGCCAGAACAAGCUUAUACAAUGCAACAAUCUUUGGAUGUGUCAGGACUGUUGAAUCAUGCUCCUCUCCUCCAACAGUCUCAAACAUUUCAACCAAUUGACAAUAACCAACAGUUUAUUCCUCCACCAGUACAACCAGCGUACAUUCAACAGCAGUCAGUAUGUCAGAACUCAGUUUUAUCUGCAGACUUGAGUGUCCAGGAGCAGAUGCCUUUUAAGAAUUCUAUGGCAGCUUCUUUGAACCAGCAAACAGCAUUUACUGCUGUGAAUGAACCAAACCAAGAGUAUCAUCAAGGACAAGACAUUCCACAGGUUUCCAUCUCAGUGGAUGAACAUGAGCAUCAGCCAGCAGUUCAAAAACAAGAGUCUAUUCAAGGCUUGGUACAGGACCUUCCAAAGGAAGGUGUGACUGGCUGUGACCUUCCAUGUGGAAAUGGCAAACAAGACAAGAGCAAACAGAGAAGGACCUCCUGUGCCCGGCCAGAGAAGGGAACCAAAUUUCAACUCACUGUGCUGCAGGUAUCAACAUCUGGAGACAAUACUGUUGAGUGCCAACUUGAAACGCAUAACAACAAGAUGGUUACAUUUAAAUUCGAUGUUGAUGGAGAUGCUCCAGAGGAUAUAGCUGAUUACAUGGUUGAAGAUAAUUUUGUUUUGGAAAAUGAGAAGGAUAAAUUUGUUGAUGAACUGAGAGCUAUUGUCUGCCAGGCUCAAGACAUCAUUUCUAGUCUUCCUAUUGAAGAACGAGCUGCUGGCAUGGAAUCAUCUGCUGAUCCGAAUAACUGUCAAACAGGAUCUUCUGAACAAGUUCAGAUAAAUCCAGCAUCUACUCAAAGUGGCAGCGAUGCUGCUCCCCAGUCAUCCCCUGUUGGCCGCUGGAGGUUUUGCAUCAACCAAACAAUAAAGAACAGAGAAACCCAGAACACUGUUGAAGGAUGUCAGACAACAGAUUGUAUAAAGGAAAGUACAAAAGAAGAGAGACCCAAAGAUUGUUCACAACCUGUGGACAAUCUUAGUAACCAACAUAAGCCUAGUCCUUCUUUCAGUUCAGAGGAUUUGACAAGUGACAGUGUGAUAUCUGAACCCCAAAUUUUGGAACCUGAACAUUCAGCUCUUUCUCAUGAAGCAGAAGGCAGCACGGAUAAAUUACCAUCUGCCUCUACAAGUGACAAUACUGAUGUUACUACUUACGAUUCAGAGGCUUGGCUGGACCCUUUGCCAGCAGAGACUCAGUCUAAUGGAGCUCCCCUAUCUUCAUAUGUAUCUCAUCCAGCAUCUGUUGUGAAUGAGUUGAAUUUGUUCACAGAAGCCUUUGAAUCCACACCAAUGAUCACUGAGGAAGCAGAACAUGUAAUAAAUGCUGAGCAAACAGCUGCUUCGGUGCAUACUCCGAGUCAGGAAGGAAUUUCCUCCACAUCCAUUCUAGAAUCAGACAGUGAGGGGCCCCCUAAGAUAGAUUUUGUUGACAGCAACAUCAAAACUCUGGAUGAAAAGCUGCGGACACUUCUGUAUCAGGAGCACAGCUUGUCAGGCACUUCUCCUGAGAGCCAAAAAGACACACAGAGCGCAGUGGAGUCUCCAUUUUCCUCAUCUGCUGAAGAUACUUUUCCCUGCCCGGGACAUGAAACACAGGACACUAAUUCCCCCCAAGAGACUGAUCCCCAAGCUGCACUCAUUCCACCUGGAAGUCAUCCUGAUAGCUUGCCAGUGAUGAGGCAAGAGGCCAUUACCUCUGUUCCCAGGGAUUUCUGCAGACAUGAGAUGUCCUUGGAGACUUCAUUUCCUGAGAAUCCUGUGGCUUGUCCUGCUUCAGAAUCAAGUGGUGGAGCUGUGAACCUUCAUGCAGGAGGUGGAUAUUUUGGCCUAAGCUUUACUUGCCCUAGUCUCAAAAACCCUAUUAGCAAGAAAUCCUGGACUCGCAAAUUAAAAAGCUGGGCAUACAGGCUACGGCAGACCAGCUUUUUCAAGAGAUCAAAAGUCCGGCAAGAGGAGAUGACUGCUGAUGUUGCUUCUGACUGGAUUUCUCUUUCUGAGCAAGCAACCAGAGAUAAUAAAAUAUCUGGUCAUUCUAAAUCUGGAGCUGGAUCAUUCCAGCGAGGCAGAUUUCAGGUCAUCACAGUUCCACAACAGUUGUCCUCAGGUAUUUCAGAAAGUGAACUCUCUGAGAUGUCUCCUUCCUUGGAGCUUGGAACAGAAGAAGGCUGUCUCACAGGAACAGAAAUGGCUAUCUUUCCCAGUGCCAUGGGGGAAACAGAUGCAUGUUGCACCACCUCUGAACAACCAGAAGUGGAGGAGACCUCUGCAACUGCAAGCAGCAUGCAGUCCUGCUCAGAGCCAUGGUCUAAAGGUGAUGUGAUCCAGAAGCAGCCUAGCUCUGACAGUGAACUUUCUGCACCCAUGGGUGGUGGCAGCCUAGAAGGCUGGGAGUCAAACCAGCAGUCUCAAGAGGAAAGGGGCGGCACCUACCCAAAGAGGCGUAGCUCUCUCUUUUAUUCAGCAUCUUCUCCAAUGAGCAGUGAUGAUGAAUCUGAAAUUGAAGAUGAGGACCUGAAAUUGGAGCUACAGCGUUUGCGGGAAAAGCACAUCCAGGAAGUAGUCAGUCUGCAAGCUCAACAGAACAGGGAGUUGCAGGAGCUAUAUGAACGUCUCCGCUCCAUCAAAGAUAGCAGGUCAGAAUCCUCUGACAUCUCCCUGCAACUGUCAUCCCCACGGCGGCCUAAAUCUUUCAGAAGCAAGCUGCGCAGCCGGCCACAAUCUCACUCUCAUGUCGACAAUGGCAUUGUUGCUGCUGAAUGCUGUUGUGCAACCACCGCUGCCUCUGUGAUUGAUUAUCAGUUGAGCAUUCAAGCCCAUUUGCUGCAUCAAAGCUGUUCACAAGCAGAAACUAACCAAGAACAACUCUGCAUCGUGAGUAGCACUGCCUCUUGUCAGCAGACAACAGCCAGUAAAAAAGGAAUGUUCACGGAUGAUUUGCAUAAACUAGUGGAUGACUGGACUAAAGAAAAGGUGGGAAAUUCCCUUAUCAAGCCAAGCCUCAAUCAAAUCAAACAGAACAAGCACCGGCUGGAUACUGACAGCUGGAGCAAAGUAUAUGAGACAACAACAUCUACUGUGGGCUACACCUCCACAUGGAUUUCCUCACUUUCCCAGAUCCGCGGGACUGUACCAGCUGCUUUACCCCAAGGACUUCCCCUGUCACCCUUUUCUGGCACACUAUCGCCAUAUGGAAUACCACAUUUGUGCCAGUAUAACACCAUCGCAGGAACAACUUACCCAGUGCAAUGGAUGGGCAUUUCUGGGACAACUCAACAAUCUGUCGUGGUCCCUGCCCAGACAGUGGGACCCUUUCAACCAGGGAUCAGCAUGCCAGCAUUUCCAGCAUCACCCGUGCAAAACCCAGCUCCCAUUCCCCCAAGUCCCAAAUGAAGAUGGAUAGCAAAAGAAUGCUAGAUAAUGGGGACUGUGCCUAUCUCUCAUGACUCCAUUCCUCUGCCUUGCAUUCUGCUGCCUGGAUUUGGGGCGUGAAUUCCCCAGUGCAGUGAUGUGGGAAUGGUAGGAGAUUGUCUUUGCAUUCUCCUCUUUGAAUACUUGAUUUCAUUUUCUUUAGGGGAUUUUUUAAGUACUUGAGAGAGCUUUGGCCUGUACAUCUCUUUGUUCCUGAGAUGGACAGCCUGCCAUAGGCUGCUUAUUAAUAAGCCUUCCCUGUCAUUCCUGCCCCAUAUCCCUUGUUUGCUUUUGUGACAACUGUUUUUUUGAACUUGGUAGUAACUCUACUUGGAUUAUACACUUACUAGCAUUUGAAUUCAUUUACAGAAUGGAAGGGACCAGCAAAGAAGAGUGACAUUUAUAUUUGCAUUAUCGUUAUGUUUCCUCUUAGUUUCAUUGGCAGCUCAGACUACAGGCUAACUAAGGAUUAAAAAAAAAAAGAUUGUAGUUUGUUUAGUUGAAUUCUAUCGUAAACUCUUCCUUCCUCUGUCCCAGAGAUAGGCCUUUUGGAAGUGAAGCAUUGCUGAAAGAAGAGGCAUACAGUUGCUGCCUUCUCUUUGAUUUGGGAAAACUGUCCUGGACAAUUCAGAACUAUUUGUAGAAUGCAACUAGAUGUCCUUACACACACUGUAUUCAGUAGAUACAUUGGAAUGUUGGCCUGGUUUAUUGUACCUGUGUUUGGGAUUCUUUUUUUUAAAGCUUAUUUUGCAGCUGAUACAAAUCUUAUAUUAUGGAAUGGGUAGUGGGGGGAGGAGGUAGCAUUGGAAAGGGUGGGAACUAGGGCUGGGGGAUUAUUGUGGGCCUUUUUUUUAAACUUGUCCCAUCUUGGUCAUUUUCACAUCAUUUGUGAUCCAUAUUCAGCAUUCCUUUGGUUGUUGGAAAAUGAUUAUAAAUUGAAACAGGGUCUAGUGCACAUAGUUUUUGCAUUUAAUGGAUUGCCUUACAGCAGAUUAGUGAAAUACAGUCUCCUAGUUUAGAUGCCUAGUGUUGUUUCUCAAGAGCAUUAAAGGUUUUAGUAUCUACUGAAUUUAAUUACCAAGGUGCACGAUUAAGCAGUCCAUCUUUACAUUUACAGAUUAAGAAAAUUCUACAGGUAUAUAUGGCAGUAAGGAUGUGGUGAUGGAAUCCCAUUGGCCAGGCUUUCUGUUUUUUAGUGCUGCUAAUUGGAUGUCAUGUAAAGAAAAGUCUAAAAUUUACCAGUUCAAAAUCCUUAAAAGAUAUAAAAAAUUUGCUAAAUAAAGAGGCAUCCUCCCUUGGAGGUAUAUAUUUCAUAUAAUCAUUAAUUUUAUCAACUGCAUUUCAGCUGCCCAUGUGAAGAUUGCUGUUAUGCUUUCACCUUGAUAGAGAAUUCGCUUAGUUUAAUGGUACAUGUUUAACUUAAUUGGCUGUGAAGUAUGAGGGAGGUCAUAAUUCACUGGAGCUAACAUUCCUUGUUUUCUCUAAUACAUAAUCAGUUUAUUCCUUUCUUGUUGGAAAUCGUAUUCUUAUGUGCACUCAGAAAUUGCUUCUUUUGUUGCAAGUCUUUCAAGCACUUGCUGAAAUAACAUCUAGCUCACUUCCCCCUUCAUUAAUCUAUAAUGAAAAUUGCUACGCUUAAUUUAAAAUUCUGACUUAAGUUAUUAUCUUUUGGAUAUUAUAAUAUAGCUGCCAUAUUUGCAGCUGUCUAAUAUUUGAGCAAGUGAUAGAAGGAGGCUUAAUUUCAUUAAAACUAAGACAAAGUAUUUAAACUUCAAGUAGUUGAAUUUUAUCUAAAAGACCAUGCUUACAUCCAAAAUUAAUGUACCAUUGGUUUAAUAGUACUGUGGCCAGGAAUAUCUGAGUUGCUGUUAUUUAAAUGUUUCAGACACCAGUUACUUGUUUUUUUGUUUUGUAAAACAGCACCUGUAGUUUAGUGAUAUAAGACUAUAUUUCUCCCUUCUGCAUUCUGGACAAAGAUUCUGCUUCCAUUGUUUAAUGUAGCCUCUUUGUUCUGCCUGCAAAGAUUUGCAGUGCCUUGUAAUGGAUAACCUUAGUAUCUUUUCAGAGUUUUACUGGAAAGUUGAAAAAAAAUAGUUAUAGCCUUUUGAUUCUUGAAAAGUACAUUGCUGAUUUGCAGCAGUAAAAUCAUAUACCUUAAAGAAAGUUUCACUUUGAAGAACUUAGACAAGAACAGUGUUAUUGGUUUUUUUUAAAGACAUACUUAUGAUUUGUGCGAAAAUCAGUAGUGCAUUUCCAUGAGCAGAAACAGUUUCCACUCACAGAGCAGUUGAGAGAUGAUUGUGCCUCUUCCUACAGCCCCAUCUGUGCCUUUAUAAUCUGCUCCAUAAGGAAGGAGGGGGGUACAAAGUGAGCAGACAGCUGAUUGCAUGACAUUUGCUUCCAUCUUUUAAUAUUUUUCCACUUUAAAGUCUUUAAAAUAAAUUCUUUGUCAGCAAUUCACUUUGACUUGUAGGAAAGCAUAAAAUGCUGUAUUCUAGUUUGCUGUUAUGUAACUUAAUCUUCAUAAAAAUGCAAGCCACCAAGUACCCAUGGUGGCCUUAAAGGUUGAUUUAUCUAUAUGAAGGAUCCCUGGCCCAUUUAGCUCUCUCAGGCACACAAAUAUAUGAAUUGUGUUUCUGUUAUGAAGUGGAAAUGUGGUGUAACACUGGUGCAUUUGUGCAAUCCUGAUUAUUGACUAAACCGUAGAGUGUACUUCAGUGUUGGAGGAAAACCAGUGUAACAAUACCAGUUCUAUAUAUCAGGGUUACAUUUCUGCUGAUUUUCUGUAGAAUGAGGACAGGGUCAGUUUAAAGUGCUGUGUAUACAUUGAAUUUCUACCUUUCCUCCUUCAUAAAAUAGCCUCUCCUUGCUGCUUUUCUCUUGGUGGAAUUUUAAAACCAGGAUAUUCCCACUUGCAAAAAGCAAUUUUGAAGAGAAAAAUUGUGUACCUCUUGCCUUGCCUAUGCUGCUUCUAAUUCAAUUACUGAUUUUCAUGUAGAAUUGACAUAACUCAUAAUCUGAUGUAGCUUGUCUCAGUUGAGGAUUACAAUAUAUAUUGCUUCUUUAUUUAGAAAAUGUAGACAUCACAAGUGCAAACAUGAGGCUUUAUUUUAGUUUACUGUGUGAAACAGUAAACCCCUUCAUUUAUAAUAAAACAGAAUACCCCUGAAAAUACCUCAUUUAGGUCAAAUUAGGCUACACAAAAAAUUAAAAUCCUGCUUAUACUAUUUGAAGUAUGGAGCCUGGGACUUUUUAAUAUCAGGAAAGUGUACAAAUAAACAACAGUAGGCAAGGGAAAACAAACCUGAAUUUACACGGAUUAACUGUCAGAUUUACAUGCCCCUUCUUGGGUGGAAUUCAGAAAUAACUUGGUACUGAAAUUAAGCAGCAAUUUGGCAUAAUACUCAUUUUGCAAACAAUGAGAACAGACCAGAUUCCUAUUUUCUGUAUGUGGAUAACAAGGGUUGCGUGAAGGAAAUGCCUCUUAAGUAAAACUUAGAUACAGAUUUUGCAUUUAAUCUUUUCUUCCUUUUGCUUUAAUUAGAAGUCCCACAAAGAAUCCACUGUUCUACAGUUGAGAGGAGGCUUUCUUUGAAGCUUUGAGGAGUUGGGAAAUCCUUAUGUGGCUUAUCUUUCUACUGAUAAGAGAAUGAAAAUGAUAUUCAUGAAGUAACUUGACAAUUUGAUGCCAAAUUUAUUCAAAACAGUACCACGUGUAUCUGUGAUUUCAAUUUAAGCUGGAAUUAGAUGCUAAGUGGUUGCCAUUGAUAACAAUGUUCAUACUUUCCCUGCUUAUUAUUUUCAUAAGCCUUACCAAUAUAGAAUACAUGAUCUAACAUAUGUGCUGAGUUUCUUCUUUUCAAGUGGAAAAGCAUAAUGAGAUUGUGUUACGCUGGGGGAGUGGGGAAGAGAUGUGGAAUGGCAUCUUUUUAUAAAGUUUACUUCCUGUCUUCAGUGGCCAGAGUUCAGAGAAUGUGACAUGGCCAAUGUGUUAACUGUGAUGUGGAUAGUAAUUUACUCUGCCCCAAAAGACUCAGACGCUUUGAUUUCAAAGGUUUUUGAAACACUAUAUGUAUGUAAACUAUGUAAGCACAGGCAAUACCGGUAUUAGUAUUAUAUCUUUAGGUUUGAGGAAAAGAUGAGAAAAAUUGGAUUGCCCUCUUCUUUGAAGCUAUGUAAAGGCACCGGCAAUGGAGGAAACUUACAUACUUACUAUGUUUAUAUAAUUUUGAGUCUCUGCAUUUAAUGUGAAACAUUUACUGCCCAGUUUUUCUUCUCUUCCCUGUUGCUUUUUCAUUGUGUUUCUCUUUGAAGUAUGCACCCUCUUUAAAAGAAAUCAAACUGUGAAUUUGGUUUUGGGGGAUGUUUUGGAAGGCACUUUUCUGCUGUGAAGCUUGAGCUGGAGCUUGUAUGAUAUGAAUGGAAUGUAUAAUUUUAAUAAUUUUGUGAAUUUUUAGUAGUGUUCAAACUGAAUUGUUUUCUUUGUUGAAAUUUCAUGUUUCUUACCUACCUCAUUUGUUAGUGCUGUUUAAAUCUAGGCUGUGGCAUAAACAAUGUUCUACUGUUUCUGUCUGUUUAAAUUGGAUACUGUUUUGACACAUGCUUUUUCUUUUCACCCCCCCCCCUUUUUUUUUUUUGUAACUUGGCCCAAGAGCUCAUUCUGUUUACUGUUUUAAGGAGGAUGUUUAAUGUUCACAAAGAAGAUUUCACAAGUUUAUCCAUCAACUUGAGUAUAACAUAAUGACAGAUGAAUAAAAAGAACAGCUCCAUGCAUUUUUUCCUACUUAUAUUUCAACUGCAACUUAGCAAGGAGUAUGACCAACUGCCUCAUCCGUCUUCCAUUACCCAAGGUACCACCAUUUAAGUGGGAAAAACAAGAUUUUCUUUAGAAAAGAAUUUCUUAUGCCGAUUGAUUGGAAGGAUUGCAGACAAAUUUUCUUAGGUAUUAGCUCUUAACUGAAGUUGAUGGAUCAGUGGGAGAGAGACCAUCCAGGUGGUAUGUUUAGUCUAAAAAGUUCCACUACAAAUUCCUUUUAUCCUUCCUUUCUGCUAAGCAUAUUGUGUUUUCUGUUUACAUUAGCCCUAGAUUCAAGCAUGAUUUAAUGCUAAAAACAUGGGUUGCUGUUUAAUCCUUGAUACAUCCUUACUGUUACAAUUUGUGCUGACAUUAAGACUCACAUAAAGAAUAUGUGUGCAAGAGGGAGAAUACCAAACAUGGAUUCACAUCUUCGCAAAGUGUAAAGGAUCAAAUGUGCUUCACUGGCAAAGAGACUUUACACAGUGAAUUUGGGGGACAAAACAUGAAGCCACAUUCAGGCAAUAAACUCAUAGUUUCCUUUUUAAUUCUCAGACUCAGAAAUAUUGCUAUAAAAAUUCUAGUCAUGUUUCCAGAUUACAUUUUUAAGAUAAAGCAGUUGAUUUAAGUAGUAAUUUUCAGUUUAUUAGUCCAGUUGAACAUUUCACUUUCAAAACUGAUACAACUAAAGGGUAGAAAGACAAACUUACUUUAGGGGAUCAAAUUUUUAUUAUUUUCCUUAAAAAAAAAAGAAUUGUGAUAAUUUUGAACAGCAUAAUUAACUCUCAGAACCAAAUACCGUGUUGAAUUUGUACAGUUGUUCCCAAUAUAUACAAUACAUAUUAUGAUGCUACUACUAGCUGCUUAGAAUUAAACUGUAAUGAACAAGAGUCUUAGCAUAUAUUUUUAACUAACUUCUUUGUGCACAUACAAAUAUGUCUCCUUGAAGUUAAAGGAACGGAGUCAGUUUAAAUUAGCAGUGGUUAUGGCAUUUAGCAUGCUGGAAGAAUUUGGUCAUUUAAUAGUUUUGUUCCUUCCAUUACAAUAAUUAUAGGACACAUUUCCUAAAUUGUUCAUGUCAUUAUUUCCUUGCUGGUUGAGUAAUAAAGUAUUGGUUGGGAAGCCAAUUCUCACAGGAAUACAGAUAUAGCAAGUACCAUAUAUUUUACAACAUGGCAGAUGGUUUUUCUGUAGUGAAAUGAUCCACAUAACCAAAUACUAAGCAGCCCUCAGUGACAGGUAAUGAAUUAUAAAACACUCUGUGGAUGUCUGAAUUGGUGUCAUUUUUUUAGAACUCCAGCAGAUCCCCUGAGGCUAUCUGUCCAGCAUUUUAUUAAGCUAUUUUUUCUCUCAUUUCCAUUGACAAAAGAUGGUAAGUGCAGGAGGACAGCAAGUGGGAAGAAAAAUAGUAUUUUUGAGUUGUAGAAAUGUACAUCCAGGUUCUGUUAUACAUGAACUUAUGUACAUGAACAGCUGGAUAAUAGAGCAAACAACUGUGACUCUUUCUUGCUCCUAGUUGCUGAGGAGUUAAUUUACUUCCAGGUAUCAGCUUCUGUUCCACCAAAGCAAGGAUGAUGUUUGUAGCUCAUUAUUAUGGUUAAUUUAGGCCACACAGUAUCACUUACUAGUUGGUUUGAUGAUCACAUUGGAGGUGCCGUGGUUCUAAAAAUUCUAAUGCAACAAAGGACUUUUCUAUUUUUAAAAAAGCAACCUAUUUGAAGAGAGACCUAUUUGUUGUUUUUUCCCCCUUAUUCUUUGCUAGAAAUAACUAAGGAGCAUGUGGGCCUAAUGUAUGACAUGAUCAGGUAUAUUCUGUGAAUAAAUGUCUCCUUAGAUUUACACACAUUGGCAAUGUUUCACUUUCAGAAAUAGGAAUUUUCUUAUGUCUCUAUGUGAAUUAUAUCUUAAUGUAACAUCAUAGGACUUAUUUUCAACCCAUCAAUUUGGCAUUAAAGCUGAGAUGUUUCUGACUGAACAUAGAAUGUGGGUGACUUGUUCAUUAUAACAUGGAUGAGGCAUCCCAUUCAGUUUUUUU